AUGUCUCGCCCGUUCCCAUACACAUUCAUAUCCUGUCCAUGUGCGCAGCAAACCAGAUCUUCCAAACUCCCGAAACGGAACUCGCAUGAACUCUCACCCAAGAAACAAUCCUCCCCGCGCAAACCUACACCGAAAUUACAACCUACAGAAGACUCGGAUUUAGAAAGCAGCGAAGAUGACGAAGAAGCUGAGCAGACAUUCAAUCCGCGAUCGGCUCGUGCCAACUUCUCGCUGUACCCGCCGGAGCAAUUAUUAUACUGUGAAGACUGCCAUCAGAUAAAGUGUCCGAGAUGUAUUACAGAAGAAAUAGUUUGUUGGUACUGUCCAAAUUGUCUAUUUGAGACACCGAGCAGUAUGGUUCGAAGUGAAGGUAACAGAUGCGCUCGAAAUUGCUUCAGCUGUCCUGUUUGUACCGCACCACUCUCAGUAACCACAUUGGAGAAUACGAUCGAAAACAGCGCACAACAAGGUCCUUGGAUAUUGUCAUGUGGGUACUGCAUGUGGACAACCUUAGACGUAGGCAUCAAGUUCAACAAACCUACCAAUAUACGAUCUCAGCUCUCUAGAAUCUACGAGGAGAAAGGACACGGAAGCUCUAUGCCCACGGGCGAUUCCAAAUCGUCCCUGUCCAUGGGUGGUAAUUUCGAUGAGCUGGAGAGUCUCACAGCGGCGGAGGCCGAGGACAAGGAAGAGCCUUUAGCAACACAAGGGCAACAUGACCACGUUGAGCUAGACACCAACGCAAGAUUUGCAGCUCUCAAACGCUUCUACACAAAACAAAUCGAGGACACCUCUGUCUCAGCUACUGAUCCGCUGGCGUCGGAUUUCGGGGCAGCAUUCUCUUCGCCCAGCGCAUUGAGUCGGAUCAUGUCAAUCUAUACAUCUUCGUCGCAUCUAUAUGGAGGCGGGGCAAAGAAAGCCAAGUCAAAGCCUCCAGUAAUGCGAGAAGCUUUUACUCCAGGUGAAGGUGUCAAGGUAGCCACCGGCGCAAAAGAGCGGUCGAUCAUCAACCGAAUGGCAUCAGAGGAAUGCACGUGGGACGAUAUGCUUUCCAAGGAACAACGAGCAUUUCAAGAUCAGGAGGCGCGAUUCAUGGAAGAGCUUCGCCCUCUACCUGUGUUGUUACGAACGAAACGAUCCAAACGCUGCAAGUCGUGUAAACACAUCCUGGUAAAACCCGAAAUCAAACCUGCAUCAACACGAUUCAGGAUUCGACUUAUCGCACUAAGCUAUAUUCCGCUUCCUACAUUACGACCACUUAUGCCAGCAGCACUGCCUGGACAAUCGGUAUCUGCCACAUCGCUACUUCAGCCGAACCUAGACUCUCUCACACCACUACGACCUAUCCAGUACCUUCUUACACUAAAGAACCACAUGUUUGACCCUGUCAAAGUAACGCUGGCCACUCCGUCUGUGACUCCUGGAAGAAUAGGGUCAAAAGUUACCAUUCUUUGUCCGCAAUUCGACCUAGGCGCAAACAGCGAUGUAUGGGACGAAGCUCUACAGGGGGGACCAGCGGCACCGACUUCCUCGUCAGUAGCAACAUUAACAUCGUCGGGAGGACGAGCUGGGACUGUAGCAGGCUAUGAAAAGGUAGCUGAAGCAGGCAAAGUAUGGGACAAGGGUCGCAAUUGGACAACGGUAGUCUUAGAGGUCGUCCCAGAAGUUUUACCCGGGACGCAACAACCCGGCGUUCCAUCAACGCCGAGCAAAGCCAGCAAGAAAAAAGAUUCUGAGAACGACGAUGAAGAUGAAGACGACACCAACACUCAAUUACGCGAGGAUGAAGACGUUCUCGAAAUCCCCGUCUUUGUACAUAUGGAAUGGGAUGCGGAAAACCAGAUGGAUCAAGAUGAUGGAACGGGUGGAGAUAAGAGUCACAUACGAGAAAGAGCCGGAGGGCACAGUGAGACUCAGAAAUCGGACUCGAUUAAACGUGAAUUGGCGUAUUGGAUGGUGCUUGGUGUGGGUAGAAUAUCUCCUAAACUUUUUUAG